CUGUAGUAACAGCACAAGUACAUUUAUUCACUCCGUAAGACCCAUAGCAAAACCGGAAGUGGAUGAUAUACAGCUUACCUGGAGUAACAAAAAUGUCCUACUAAAUCAUAUACAUUCAAGUAUAUAUAUAUAUACAUAUAUAUAUAUAUACAUACACACAUAUAUAUAUACAUAUAUACUCAUACAUACGUAUAUAUAUCUGUAUAUAUAUAUAUCGUGUACCCCACCCCCUUUUGUCCCAACCUUCUGAACCCUCCGGCGAUCCAAAAUGACAGAGGUUGACAAAAAAGAAGCUCUGGAAGCCCUUCCAGGGUCAUUAGACGAUAAUACAGCAGCUUCUGGCGACAAAGAGACCCUCGUUCGAGUCAAGGAGUUGAAGAAGGCGUUGUUGAGGGGCGAAUCUACUUCAGUCAGCAACAAGGAUGUCGUUGAUGGAGUUUUACACCUGCUUGUUGGUGGAGAGUUUGAAAUUGAAACAAACUUUAUCAUCCAGGAUCCUCAUAAUGUUCAUCACAUGUUAGAUGUCCUGAAAGUCUGUUCAGCAACACUUCAGGCGGAGAUUUGGAGUGUAUUUACAGCCAUUUUGAAGAAAAGUCGACGAAAUUUGAAUGCCUGUACUGAAGUGAAACUCAUUGAACAUGUUUUGUGUAUGCUGGAAGAAGCAGAUGACAUUGUUGCUGACCUCUUGGUUGAAAUGCUUGGUGUAUUGGCAAGUUACAGUAUCACAGUUAAAGAAUUGCGAAUGCUUUUCUCAUUAUUAAAAGCAAGAAAUAAUGAAUGGCCAAGAAACUCAGUCAAAUUGUUGUCUGUACUCAGGCAAAUGCCACAGAGACAUGGCCCAGACGAAUUCUUCAGUUUCCCGGGUAAAAAAGGAUCGUAUAUUGCAUUGCCUCCAAUACGAUCAUGGCCUUAUCAAAAUGGUUGGGCUUUUUCAUGCUGGCUUCGGUUAGAUCCUGUGACUGGUGUCACUGUUGAAAAAGAGAAACCUUAUCUCUAUUGUUUCCGAACAAGUAAAGGUGUCGGCUACUCUGCACACUUCCUGGGAAGUUCCCUUGUAAUAACCUCAAUGAAACUUAAAGGCAAAGGUUUCCAGCAUUGUGUAAAAUAUGAAUUUGCACCCAGAAAGUGGUACAUGGUAACAGUGUGCCAUGUAUAUUAUCGAUGGAGUCGCUCUGAGUUGCGGUGCUAUGUGGAUGGAGAACUUGUAUCAUUCACAGAUAUGUCUUGGUUAGUUAGCACCAAUGAUCCAUUUGACAAAUGCUUUCUUGGAGCGAGUUCUGAUGGAGACCCAGAUACUAUGUUUUGCGGACAGAUGUCUGCAGUGUACCUUUUCAACGAAUACCUCACAGCUAAUCAAGUAGCAGCUAUUUACAGCUUAGGACCUGGAUAUAAGAGCCAGUUCCGCUUUGACAAUGAAAAUUCAACAAUCCUCUCAGAAAAUACACGACGAGUACUAUAUGAAGGCCGUUUGACCUCCUGCAUCGUGUUCAUGUACAAUCCAGUUGCCUGUGAUAGCCAACUCUGUUUAGAAUCAUCUCCAAAAGGCAAUACUUCACACUUUGUCCACUCUCCGCAUGCUCUCAUGCUACAAGAUGUGAAGGCAAUCAUCACCAGAUCUUUAUUGAGCACACUUCAUUCCCUUGGAGGAAUAGAGGUCCUUUUUCCUUUGUUCGGCCAGUUAGACUACCCUGUGAAUAAAGCACCAAAUGAGAAAUCAACCAUAGACCACAGCAUCUGUGCUAACCUAAUGGGGCUGUUGUGUGACCUUCUUGAAAGCUCUUCAUCAAUCCAGGAAGAACUACUGCAGAGCAAAGGAUUCCUUGUCAUCAGCUACCUCCUAGAAAAGUCUUCAAGAGAACACAUAACUCCAGAAGUUUUAAACAGCUUUUUGAAGCUAACUCAGUACUUGGUAAAGUUGCCUGCUGGCGGAACCUUGUUGAAGCACCUCUUUGAUCACAUCCUUUUCAAUCCAGGUCUCUGGAUAUAUGCUUCUGUGGAGGUACAAACCAAACUCUACAGCUACCUUGCUACAGAAUUUAUCAAUGACGCCCAGAUUUACAACAGCAUCCGGCGUGUGAGUGCUGUACUACAAACAAUGCACACAUUGAAGUAUUACUACUGGGUUGUGAAUCCCUAUGACAGAAGUGGGCUCACUCCAAGAGGCAUUGAUGGUCCAAGGCCAACAAGAGAUGAAAUCAUUAAACUAAGGUCUUUCAUGCUUCUCUAUGUCAAAGAACUAAUCCGCAAGGGUCAAGGAAUUUUGGAAGAUGAACUCCAGAGUAUCUUAAAUUAUCUGACCACAUUACAUGAGGAUGACAAUUUGAUGGAUGUUUUAAUGCUUUUAGUCACUCUGAUGGCACAGCAUCCCUCAUCAAUGGUUCCAUCAUUUGACAAGAAAAAUGGAAUAAGAACUGUAUUCAAACUUUUGGCAUCACCAAAUGAGCCGCUUCGCAUUCAAGCAUUGAAGCUUUUGGGUUUUUUCCUGAUGCGCAGUACACACAAGCGGAAGUAUGAUGCAAUGAACCCACACAACCUGUUUUCUCUCAUUGGAGAAAGACUGAUGCUCAACAUACACUCUAUUACAAUAGCCACUUACAAUGUUUUGUUUGAGAUAUUAACAGAACGUCUUACCUUGGAAUACAGCCAUGAUAAGCAUGUUGAACCAGAAUCUUAUUACAAACUUGAAAAUCCAGCAAUUCUCAAAGUCGUUGCUACAAUGAUUCGACAGUCAAAGCAUUCUGCCGAACUAAUGGAAGUGAAGAAAAUGUUCCUGUCAGAUUUGACCAUUAUGUGUAAUAACAACAAAGAAAACAGAAGAACACUUCUUCAGAUGUCUGUUUGGCAAGAAUGGCUUUUCAGUAUGGCAUACAUCUACCCAAGGAAUCUCGAUGAACAAAAGAUCACAGACAUGGUCAUGUCACUCUUCCGAAUGCUUCUGCACCAUGCUAUAAAAUUUGAAUAUGGUGGGUGGCGUGUCUGGGUGGACACCCUUGCAAUAUUACAUUCAAAGGUUGCUUAUGAAGACUUCAGAUUGCACAUGUCAAAAAUGUAUCAACAAUACGAACGCCAGAGAGUUGAAAACAUAGUUGACCCACACGAACGAAAACAACAUCCAAUUAGCACCAUCUCUGGCAUUUCGGAUGCCGCAGAGAAUUAUGAGUCUGUGCCACAGUGUUCGGUGAAAAUAUCUGAAAUUCCUGCAAAACCUGACCAAGAACCUAUGAAAUCUUUGGAAUUUGACCAGAAAGCAAAAAUCGGUAAAUUUCCUGAUAAACGAAGGGAAAGUGUUGAGAAAGGUGAAGCUGAGUUGGAUGUAUCAGAAAAAUGUGACAAAGAUAAAGAGACAAACAAUGCUGAGAUAACAGAAAAUCAGACAGAAUCUCCUGUGAAGGAAUUCAUUGAGGGUGUUGAUUCUGGGGAGAAAAAGCACCAAGAAAAUGAACACAUGAAAGAUGUAGAUGAACCAAAAUAUGAAGAUUAUAAAAGUAAUCAACUCGAGAAAGAGGUUGAUGAAUCCAAAAAAUAUGAGGAAUUUAAAAGCAUCAAAGAAAUAAUUAAUACAGUGAAAAAUGAUGUUUAUCUGGAAUCGGAUGAUAAUAAAAAUGAUGGCAGAGACCAGCAAUUGGCUGGAGAUUCUGGUAAAGAGAAAGCAGAAGAUGAUGGUAUUGAAACUGAAAAAGACAAAGAGGAAACUGAUGGGCAAGAAUUAAAAGAUAAGCAAGAUGGUGAUGAUGAUGUUGGUGAUGACAUUAAUGUAAAAGGAGAGAAAGAAAGUGAAAAGAUAGGUGAACUGGGUGAUGGUGUAAAGGAACUAAGUGUUGAAGAGGAUGGGAAGGAAAAAGAAGCUUAUGAAAAGAGUACUGAUGAUGUGGAUGAUGAUGUUGAUGAUGGUGUUGUUGCUUCGAAGAAGGAAUCAUGUGAAGGAGAAGGAGAUGAAAUAAUUAAAGAGCACAAAGAUGUGGUCGAGACUGGAGAGGGACAAGAUGAAGGAGACGACAAAAUUAAAGGAGAAGGAGAUGACAAAGAAGAGAAAGAAGUGGAAGAAGAAGAAACGAGAAGUGAAAGAGCAGAUGGAAGCGCAAGUGCUGAUGAAAUACAGGGAGAAGACAGUGAAAAAGUCACAAAAACUGAAGAAGAAGAAGAAAAAGAAGAAAGUCAUAAAACAGCUAGUAAUGAAGCUAAAGAAGAUAUCGAUGAUGAGGUUAAAACGAAUGAAAAAGUGUCAUCGGAAGAUGAAUGUAACAAGAAUGAGCAAGAUGUCAGUGAUAAGAAUGAAAAAGAUGCCAGUGAUAAGAAUGAAAAAGAUGCCAGUGAUAAGAAUGAAAAAGAUGCUAAUUGUAAUGACGGGCGAGGUGACGAGCCUGUCAGUUCAAAAACUGUAUCUGAAAGCAAGAGUGAUACAGAAACUUCAUCUGAGUUGGAUGUCAAACAACAUGAAGUAAACAGUGGUGAGGUUGACAAGAGUAAUGACAAAGAUAAAGACACACAAGAAACUGAUGAAAGUAAAGAUUUUCAAGAUGACCAGAAUGAAAUUGUUGAGGUUGGAGAUUCACCUGCACAGGGUGAAGGGAAUAUAGAAAGCAUGGCUAUUAACGAGGGUGCUGGUUAUGAUGAAGGCAAAGAUUCAGUUCCGUAUGUAUGUGGAGAAGAUCAAGGUGUUUAUCCACCUGGACUUGGGUAUGAAACUCAAGCCGGACCAACAGGUUAUUUCACUCGAGAUGGUGAAAUGAUUUAUUUAAAUCACACUGAAACUGGUGAAAUGAUUUACCAGACGGAAGAUGGACGCAUGGUAUAUCAGUACCCGACGGAUGAUGGCCGAAUUAUCUAUCACACCGGUGAUGCGGAUGCUAAAUACGAGGCAGGGAAUGUAACAGUUGCUGAAGAAGAUACCAGCAAACCUGUUUAUAAUAUUGAUGCUGAUAGUACCUCAGCCCCUGAAGAAAUAACCAACACCACCGCACAACAUCCUGACAGUGAAAUCCAACCAAAUGAUAAAGAAAAUAAACAUUUAUAUCCUAUGGCCUUAUCAGAAUCUUCUUCUAGUACUUCAGAUGUAAAAUCUACUAAAUUACCAGCUACAACAACAGCAUCAAUGCCCGCAACAGCUACAACAACAUCUUAUCCCAUCGAUGAACUCAAUGAUAAUCAAGACUAUCCAACAGACAGUAGUUUACCCUCAGGAGCUAAACCUCGUACCACUUCAUCUGGGUCAUCCCGGAGAAGUAGCCAUGGAACAACUGGAAGUCGACACCUCUUCAGCCCUGGACCAAGAGCACCACCUUUCAGAAUUCCUGAAUUCCGAUGGUCCUACUUACAUCAGAAACUGCUCUCUGAUCUUUUAUUUUCUAUUGAGACCGACAUUCAAGUCUGGAAAAGCCAUAGCACACGAGCUGUCGUUGAUUUUGUCAACUCUGGAGAGAACCACAUAUAUAUAGUAAAUGUGACACACAUGAUCUCACAACUUGCUGAUAACCUGAUAAUGUCAUGUGGAGGACUUUUGCCUCUCUUAGCAGCAGCAACUUCACCAAAUGGAGAACUGGAUAUUCUUGAACCAAACCAAGGCUUAAGUAUCGAGCAGGCUGUUUCCAUUCUACAAAGAAUUAUGAAUAUGACCGACAUUGUCGUUUUCACUAGCUCCACAAACUUCUCUGAACUGGAACAAGAGAAAAACAUGCCACCUGGUGGAAUUUUAAGACAGUGUUUACGUUUGGUAUGCACUGCUACAGUAAGAAAUUGCCUUGAAUGCAAACAUCGCUAUACUCCAAAGACACCUGUGACAGAUCCAUCUCCAACACAACCAUCUCAAUGGCAAAACGCAAAGUCAACAAAUGGUAGCAUUGAUCCCAUACAAUCACUAAUAGGUGGAUCCCACCCUUCUCCAAAGAAUAUUGUUGAGAAUUUAGGGGGACAAACUACACCUAUAAAGGAUGCUGAGAAAUUACUUCAAGACAUGGACAUCACUCGCCUCAGAGCUGUUGUAUACAGAGAUAUGGAUGAGACCAAACAAGCACAAUUCUUGGCUCUUGCUAUUGUCUACUUUACCUCUGUAUUAAUGGUCUCAAAAUACCGAGACAUUUUAGAGCCACCGAGUCCUGCAUCGACCCCAACACUGGGCCCACAUCGAGGAGCAGUUCACUCUCCAACAUCCAAAGAUGUAUCAGAUGGAAAAACAUGGGAGAAAAGCCGUCCAGCUGUUCCAAUGCUCAUAAGCAUGUAUAACACUUCUGAACGUACGUCUUUUGUGACGCACGAUACAAGUUCAAUUUCCACAUCAAGUGCAGUGUCUGUCGAGAAUUUCGGAUCAGUGACUUCUGGAGCUAGAGAAAUUGUGGGAACAAGUCCAACAGAAUCGAAUAUGGAUGAGGAUAACAUUAAAAUGAUGAAAUAUGAAUGUGCCGAUCGACGUGCUACGGAAGACGCUAGUAGUGUGCUUGCACAUAUGGUUAACUGCAACUGCGAAACACAAAUACGAGGCGAGAAAAUGGUGCAUAAUCUCACAUCUUUUACAUGCUGUCAUGAAGGGGCAACAGGGAAUGAGUGCGACUGUUCUAUUGGUGCAAGACACGUCCCAGCUGGAGCUAAUUCAUCCCUUGUUAAUGAAGGUUCAUCACAACAGAAAGGAAACGAGACCGAUGAGGAAUUUAUUACCAUGAAAGAUGAUGAAGACGAAGAAGCAGCAUCUAAGACAGAAGGGAAAAUUUCUGUUACUGCUCAUGUAACUGCAAAUAGUGAAAGUAAACCUGUUGAAAAUUCAUCAAAGACUACUGUAAAUAAAACUGAAGAAAUUAAGGCAGACAGCGAGAAUACAAAACUCGAUCAGUCAGCUAAUGAUACCCAUGAAAGGGAAACAAAUGAGACGACAAAAGAACCAGAUUUGAAAACAGAGAGCACAGAUGGUAAAUCUACUAGUGGUAGCCAAGACAAUAAUGAAAAAGCAUCUGUAGCUGAAGAAAAAGAUGAAAGUGUGAAACCAAAAGCUGCACAUGUUGCUGGAAAUGUUCAAGAGCCACCUGCUGAAGAGACAGGUGACUCCAAAAGUACAGGCAUUAGUGGUGUUGCAGUAGAUUCGACAUCGGUUUCCUCAAGUUCAGAGCCAAAAGCAACGACCUCUUCUGCUGAAGAUGUUGCAGCUACAACGGUUACAGCAACAGCUGUUGACAGUGGUACUGUUGUUAACGAAAUGACGACAACAGCUGCGGAAACAGCUACUACAAGUACUACCAUCACUGAUGUAAAAAUUGAGGUAUCUCCAACAAUAGAAGAUGGACAAGAUCAACCUAAUAACACCUCUAAAAUCGAAACGAGCAAAGAUCUACUGCAAGAAGGUGAGAGCAGAAAUGAUGAAGAAAAUCCGGAAAUACAAGAAUGCAUAUCUUCAAUAAGAAUUGAUGAGCAACCUAACAGUGUUUCAGUCUCGGCUGACACAGCAGUAAAACCACCUGAAAAUCUACAACUUGCUGCAAAUAUACCAGCAACGUUUGACAACCUACCAUUACCAAGCGAGGGGAGCUCACUUACUGAACGCUUGGAGAGAGCCCUCGGAUCGUCUGCUCCACUUCUCAGAGAGGUCUUUGUGGAUUUUGCACCGUUCCUAUCAAAGACUUUAAUCGGAUCCCAUGGCCAAGAAUUACUUGUUGGGGGCCUUGUUACACUGAAGCAAAGUUCAUCUGUCGUAGAGUUAGUGAUGUUGCUUUGUUCCCAGGAGUGGCAAAACUCUCUUCAGAAACAUGCUGGACUAGCGUUUAUCGAAUUGGUCAAUGAAGGAAGAUUGCUUGCUCACGCAACAAGAGACCACAUUGUGCGUGUUGCUAACGAAGCAGAAUUUAUUUUAACGCGUAUGCGGGCAGAAGAUGUGCAGAAACAUGCUGAAUUUGAGUCACUUUGCGCCCAAACUGUAGUUGAACGCAAAGAGGAAGAGAAGCUAUGUGACCAUCUUAUAACCUCAGCAAAAAGACGGGACCAUUCCAUUGCUAAUGUACUGCGAGAGAAGAUUGUUAACAUAUUAACCAACAAACAUGGUGCCUGGGGUACUGUAAGUAAUAGCAGAAGUGAAUUUUGGAAACUGGAUCUCUGGGAAGAUGAUUUCCGCAGGAGACGCAGAUUCGUUAAGAAUCCUUAUGGUUCUACGCACCCAGAAGCUACAUUAAAAGCUGCUAUUGAACAUGGUGCAACAGAAGAUGCAAUUAAUCAGGCGUGGGAGGCUUUCCAUGCACAUUUGGCAAAUGCCAAGAGGGGCCAGCAGCAACCUCCAGACUAUACUGAUGAAGAACUACUAAUGGAAGAGCGAGAUUUUGAACAAGAAUUCUCUGGUCCAGUGGCCUUGUCAACAUCAUGUAAGCUGAUCUCUUUGGGACUAGCUGUCGCUGGGACAAUGUCAAUUACAAAAACUGAUCUUUACUUUGAAAUGGAUGAAGAGGAUAAAGAGAAUAAGAAAAUAUCACCACAGGUAAGUGAUACGAAUUAUUUCCGAAAUUGUCUAUUGGAAGGUAAGUGUUUGCGUUUUAUUUAAAUAUAAUGUUGUUCCGUUGAAGUCAGACAUAUAAGGUUGUCUCUACUAUUAUUAUUAUAUUUGGAGUUGUUUACUGUAAGAUUAAGAUAAUUCUAUGUCUGCCAUGUUAUCAAUAGAGUGACACUUAAUAUGCUUGUUGUACUUGGCUCUUGCUAAUGAACAACCCAUCCAGCUUCGUUUUGUCGUA